GCUAAGAGCAGUAUGUUUAUGUCUGGUGUUGUUUGUUAUGAACGGUGAUUUGAAAGUGCUUGUGAAUUUGUUAAUCCCGUAUUAGUUUACGUUUCCCAGUGUAAUUGACUCGUAUUUGCAAUUUCUGUUAACAUUCAAAGGACGAAAUUUGAUUAUGGAUCCGCUUGUGUCAGAUCUUUAUGCCAUCCACGAGGGUAUUAAGGUGGAGCCGGAAUCGAAGGAGAAUACGGCCCAGGACUCAACAAACACAACACAGUCAGAUAGUUCUGGCCAUCCACCAGUCGUUCCAUCAUCCGCUGCCCAACCAACACCACCUCAACAACCUGCAGCAGCCGUCUCACCAAAUCAUUCAAGUGUGGACAACCAGAGUUCAUCACAGAACGCCACACAGCCAGUGACAGCAGUGACAAAAGGAACUGGAAGCUCAGAUGAAAAAGCUCCAGAUUCAUCAGACAAUGGUAAUAAACCUCGUGCUGGUUGGCCUAAGGGAAAGAAGCGGAAAAAGAGCCAGCGUGAUCAAACUGCGCCUCGACAACCACUGACAGGUUAUGUGCGGUUUUUAAAUGAUCGCCGUGAGAAGGUGCGAGCAGAAAAUCCAAACCUCCCUUUUCCAGAAAUAACAAAACUGCUAGCAGUGGAAUGGAGCCAGCUCCCACCUGCCCAAAAACAGAGCUAUCUAGAUGCUGCUGAACAAGAUCGUGAACGCUAUGUCAGAGAACUAAAUGCCUAUAAACAAACAGAAGCUUAUCGUCUAUUCACACAGAAGCAAGUGGAGAAGAAACAGCGUCAAGAUAAACAAGUAGAGCAAGUUGUCCAAGAGGAUACAGAGAAGGAUGCAGAUUUCAAUGGACUUGACAUCCCCAUAUUCACAGAGGAGUUCCUUGAUCAUAAUAAAGCUCGUGAGGCUGAACUGCGACAGUUACGAAAGUCUAACACAGAUUAUGAACAACAAAAUGCUAUUUUGCAAAAGCAUAUUGAAAACAUGAAAGCAGCUGUCGAGAAGCUGGAGGCUGAGACAGUGCAACAGCAGAGUAGUAAUAAUGCACUCCAGCAACAUCUGGAACAUCUGAGGACAAACCUCUCGGCAACAUUUUCAUCACUCCCUCUCCCAGGAACUAAUGAGCUGCCCACAGUUGCUACUGUUGACGGCUAUAUAACAAGACUUAAUGCAGUUCUUAUGGACCAGUCAGCUCCAGACCAUGACGGACUUGCAGUCCGUGUGCGAGAGUUGGUCAACAGUUUAGAGUUUCCAGGAUGACCUUUCAGAGUGUCUGAAAAAAUAAGGACAUUAUAGCCACAAACUCUAACAGACAAUUUACUAUAAAAUAUUUCAUUUCUUAUCUUAAUUUUCAUUGUACAAGAUACUGCAGUUCAUCUGUACAUUAGCUUUAAAAUAAAGUGACGUGGGUAUGCUCUCUCAAAUAGCAAUUUCUUAUUGUAAUAUCCUACAAAGACUGGAAACAAUUUUUAACAAGUGAAAGUACAGUGAUCUAAGUAUGAAAUUGUAUAUUUUAAUUUGGUUCAUAUCAGUAAUUAAAGUAAAAAGUAAAUCUCUUCAGAGCUGUGUUUAUUGAAAACAUGUCCAUUAAUCUUCAAAAGAACAGUAAGCACACGUUUUGACUUUCAUUAAGAUUUCUCAGUUAUUUCCAUACUUAUUAUUGCAGGGAAAGAACAUAAAUAAGGAUGUUUGCUCUGUAGUUUGUGUAUCAGAAGCUCAGUUUACAAGAAUUUCAUCUCCUAUGACACAGUACUUGCUUCCUUCCAGACUUCAUUGUGACUGUUACAUUGUCUUUUAAUAUACUUUACUUGGCCUUGUCAUUGGUAUCAGCACAAUUUUAUUGUAUGCUUGUAUUGACUCAGAUGAAAAAGAAAAGUUUGUUUGCAGAA